ACAAGAGGAGGAGGUCCGCCUCUGUCUUCUAUCACGUCCUCAGUGGAGACUCAAAGCACCGUCACUCCAGCAGCGGCAUCAUUGAGCUUUUAGCUGCAGAAGAGCGAAGAUGUCUGGACGAGGCAAAGGAGGAAAGGGACUCGGUAAAGGAGGCGCCAAGCGGCACCGUAAAGUUCUCCGGGAUAACAUCCAGGGGAUCACCAAGCCCGCUAUCCGCCGUCUGGCUCGCCGCGGUGGAGUCAAGCGUAUCUCGGGUCUGAUCUACGAGGAGACCCGCGGUGUGUUGAAGGUCUUCCUGGAGAACGUCAUCCGUGAUGCUGUCACCUACACCGAGCACGCCAAGAGGAAGACGGUGACCGCCAUGGAUGUGGUGUACGCUCUGAAGAGGCAGGGCCGCACUCUGUACGGCUUCGGAGGUUAAAGUCAGCGUUCAUCAGAACAACAAAGGUCCUUUUCAGGACCACACACCUCCUCUACAGAGCAGCGUUCUACAGUGGUUCUCAAUGACUCAAUGUUGGCUUGAAUACACUACUUUCAAAGAUAUCCGAAAUAAAUUCAUGUUUUAUGUCCACGUACCUAAAUAUUGCGUAAAUUUAUAUGCAGGUGGGUGUCAUGCUGAAAGAAUCAGUU